AUGGGAAUGCAUGCUACGAAAGAUAGGGUCGAGUCUGAUACAUCAACCGUCUACUCAAUAUCCUUAGUAGAGUCCACAAUCACUACACGAGAUGAACCUUGGUUUGGUGAAUUGAAGUUCGCCUUAGGUGUAAUAGGACUCCCAGUUACUGCGCGCGAUCGUAUACUGAGGUGCUCCCCGCCGGUUGUUGGAACGACGCGAGCCGGGACGGGCCUGGAUUCAGAAAGAUGA